AUGAAUAAACACACGACUAAAGGAAAGGCGAAUCAGCCAGCUGGUGGAUUUGUUGCAAUCGGUCGUGAAGGUCCAUCAACAUCUUCAGACUCAAUUCGACUUAAAGCACUUGGAACGAAAAGGGAUUUGCCUCAGGCUUCUGGUGGUAUUUUAAAAAAGGCCAGAUUGAACUUUUCGUCUAAAACAAUUGUUGCUUCAUCAAUUAAUUCCAGUUUUAAACGUUAUGAGCAUGAUGAGACAAAAUGGCGUGAAUUUUGCGCUGAUGUAACAAUUGAUGCAAGAACAAUUCUCAAUUCGUUAGAAUCGGCUCGAGAGAAGCAAAAAUUUCAGAAAAUCGCAAAAUUAAUAUGUGCUACACUACGCGAAAUCAUUCAGCAUCGUUUAUCGUCAGGUGGAUGGUGUGGUGAACCGUUGAUCCUUUCAUCUAUUGCUAUUUUUAUAAAAGAGAAUUCCGAAAUUUUCGCGCAGCAAAGUGAAGUUAUCAGUGCUCUGUGCUCUGUUUUAUCAACAAAUUUCCCGUCUACGUCUCCUUCUUAUGUUUUUAUUCCUUCAAUUUUACAGUCGAUUCUGAAGAAUUCUACGGAUUGGAAUUGGUCACUGGUUGAUUGUUUUAUUGAUGACAGUUUGCAUGAAAGGCAUUGGGUUGAUCAUUCUUUAUUCAGUGUUUUUGUUCGUAAUAUAUUAACUGCUUUUGGAACUCGAAUACCAUCGGAAUCAAUGUAUUCAGUAUGCGAACUUAAUUACCCGGAGCACUUUCGUGUUUCCUCGACUAUCAAAAAUCGUUUCGAGAAAAAUGCUGCAAAGUUAGAGGCUUUUGCUUCACAAAUACGAGAAAUAUGUGAACGUAAAGCUGAAAGUAGUCCGAGAAAUUUGUUGAAAACAAUGUGUGCAUGUUCUGGACUUAGUCAAGUACGUCUACUUGCUGCGCGUAAAAUGGAUUCUUGGUUACUUAAUGGAAAGCUUCAACGAUAUGCAAUGGAAUUAUUACUUUGGAUUGCUCGUAAUAUGGGACACGAAGAGUAUAAUGAAGAUGAUACAGAAACUUUAAGUGCUUUACUCAAACUUCGUGCACUUAAAAGUAAGCAAAUCAACACUCUGUUCAAUGUCGCCUUAAAGUUCGAGCUUGCUCAUCAAUUAUCUCAGUUACUUGGAGCUAAGGAAGAAUAUUUACGGAUCUCUCGUACAUUUCUCAGAGAAUUUGUUCGAUCUUUACUACGUCUCGAUUUUGAUUUCGCUUUAUUUGCUCAACAUCUGUUCGAAGCUAUCGUCGAACAUGUCACUCCUGCCACUGUACCAAAUUAUCUAUUCAAAUCGCUAAUAGAAUUUUGUGUUAUGCUUCCAUUCGUAGCUAUAUCAGCGACCGUCCGAGAAGCCGCUCAACUUCGUCGAUCAACAAAUGCUAAUCUUACUCAAAUUCAGAUAGAUACGUUAUUGAGGUUUUACAAAGAUUUACGGCGAUUUUUCGAAAUAUCAGUUAAAUUCCUUAUUUCAAGUCAUGAAUUAUGCAACGACAAAAAACUUUUUGUCUUUUCAUUUUACCGCCUUUUAUAUCUAGCCGGGGCUGAAUUUUAUUUCCUUAUUGAUAAUUGGCCUAUCGAAGCUGAUCUUACUCAGUAUUUGCGGAUAAUAUCUGAAGCUCCAUCAAGUGAAACAUUAGUAUGUUCUAUAUUAGAAGCUGGAUGGGAUCCACUUGUUCCUAUUGAUGGUGCGGAUGCUAUUGAUUUGGUGGAAAAUUUGACUAAAAGAGCAUUUUUAUGUACUCCUGUGAUCGAAGGAAUGGCAAUGUUACCAAUAUGCAAGCAAUCGUCGAUAGAAAAACUGUUCAAAGCUGCAGCUUAUAGACCACCACCAGCUUUUCAGCUUAAGGAUAUUUACGAUGAUGAUGCUCCUAAUUUGGCAGUGAAAACGUUGUACUGGAAAGGAUGGCUUAUUGCUUUAUUAUGGGUAUCGUUCAAUAAAGGAGAGUUAAUUAAAGAAGCUUGUUAUAAAUUUCCAACUCUGAAGAUAAUUAUCCAGAUGAUACUUACUUGGGAAUAUCGUUUUCCUCCUUCUGCCAGUAUAAAUGAAGAAAUGACAGCGGAAAUGUUUAUCGCCAAUGAUGAACAAAAAUUAAAGGAAGAACGGCAAAUGAUCAAACAGUUGGAGACUAGACUUGCGGGCGGUGAAGUCAGUGAGCGCGAUUCAAAAUUGCUUGGUAAAUUGUGCUCUCUUGAUCCUACUGGCUUUUGUCGUCGUUCACCGGAUAGUUUUCUUCGGGAUCUGGAAAAAUUAAAUGAAGAUUUCGACUUAUCGCGAUUAUUAUGUGAAUGUAGAGAGCCUGAUUUACUUGCUGAUAUUAUUCGAUCUCAGGUGCAAUUUAUUAUUGCGAUCCUUGAAAAAGUAUUCCUUAUGUUUGUGCCUGUUUUCUUUCAGGGAAGCGUGCGAGCAUUGCCAUCUUUAAUUAAUUUAGUUGAUUCAAAUGCAAACGCAAUCGUUCAUUUGCCUCUGGAAUGCAUAUGUGAACUUUUUUUACAUUAUAUUAGCGCACAAUCCGGUAGCAAACCACCGAAUAUAGAGAAGCUGAAUACGCUGCGAUGUCGUUUACAUAACUCACUAAAAGGGCCCUUUGCAACCGAAACCACCGUUAUGGAAACUUUUGGAUGUCUUUCUACUCGAUUAGCUUCAGUUAUCGCUUCAGAACGUGAUAAUGCAGCGCAUUGCUUGACUCUUUUGCUUCAGGCAGAUAUUUGUGCGCCAAUUUUUCCGGUGAAUGGGAAUGCUUCACCAGCACCAUUUCUAUCUUCUGUAGCAUUUUUUGAAGCAUUGAAGGCAAAAAUAUCAGUCAUAAUUGCUAAACUUUGCCCUAUUGAAACUCAUGCGUGCCGAUUAUCGGAUUAUGUUGAUUUUUUAAGCAAUAAUUUCGAUUCAUCUACUCUCCAUUUGAUAGCUUAUCACCUCUCGUUAAUGGUAGAACAUUUGAACGACGAUGAAACACAACUUAAAGUUCGCACAUCAGCGCUAUCAUUUUACGACACUUAUAUGAAAAGAAUCGAAAUAGACAAAGGCAUAUGGCCCGCGGAAUUUGAAUCAUUAUCGUUCAAUAAAGCGCGAAGAGUUCUUGUACGCUUUGAAGAUAUGCAUAAGGGAACAAUGUUUGUUGAGACCAUUUCAUGCGUAGUUUCUGGAAUUUUGCAACUUUUAUGCGGAAAAUUUGAUGAAAACGUUGAUAAAGUUCGACGUGAUCUUAUGGAUAUUUGGUUUCCAUCUGAUGGUUUAGGGCCAAAGGUAUCAAAUACUGAGGGGAUCGAGGUUCUUCCAUCAUGGCUGAAGUUGAAAAUGCUGAGCACUAGCGAUGAACGCAUUGUGCGGAAUGCGCUGCAUGGUUUGCAAGUUAUUGAUGCUUUAAAAUUUGUGCAGUGUUUUGCUUUAACUUCAUAUAGCUGCUCAAAGUUGUUCUCGAUACUGGAUAACAUUGAUAAACCUCUUUGUGGCGAGAUUCUGGAUGAAGGAAAUAAUGCGGCUGCAUAUAUCAGAGCAUACAAAUUACGAGGCGCUAAGGGAGGAGAUAAGUUCUUGCAAUUAUUAGCGGAUGGGCUUCAGAAAAAUUCCAACGUUAAAAUGGAAGUAGAUGAGUAUAAUGUAUGUGUAUCCAUCGAUCCACCACCUUCCUUUUCAACAGGCUCCACAUCUCUCGAAUUAUAUUCAUCUGAGUUAUCAGUUGAAGAAGUUGUGAAAUAUGUUGAAGAUAUUAAAUCAAUGGAUAAAAAUUGUUUCAAAGUAGUUCGAACUAUAUCUAAUAAUGCCGUAUGUGCUGCUCGUUUACUUACUUUAUUUAAAAGAAAACCUUUACUUCUGUCGCAUUCGCUAGUUGCUUCAAGUAUUCUCAUAGCUAUUGGGAGUCUUAUUUCAAAGCAUCCAAGUAUACGCGAUGAUAUUCGUUCUCUUUUCACUAGCAUAGAAAAAAAAGCCAGUGUUCCUGAUGCCAUUAAAAAGAUAUUGCAAAAUUUUACAGGUGGAUUUGGCUCAACAACCGACAAGCAGCAAAAACCUAAGACUAAACUUGAUGCCGAGAGUAUUUUGAAAGCUCUGAACGAUUCUAAAAUUUCAGUGGAUGCUGAAGCCGAUUUAAUUGAAAAAUAUUUUUCUGUUUGCCCCGAACUUAUUCCUCUCUCUAAUCAGUCGACUGAUGGUGCUUGUAAUUUGUCUUCGUGUCGAUUACUGGAUUUACUUUUCUCUCAUUCUUCUUCUUCGCUUGAUCGUAUAAUAUCAUUGAUACCGACUGUAUGUUCUCCUGGAACGAUUUCGAAAAUUAUCGUUUAUUUAUUGUAUUCCCACCGGUCUGAAAUAUCUGCUUCGUCCGUAAUUCGAGCCGUUAUGGAGAAUCUUCAUUUAGCUAAUCCACCCGUUAUGAAUCGUAGUCGAUGUACUGUGUUGAUUGAAUAUAUAUUGGAUGAAGUUGAAAGAGAUGAAUCAUGUGUGAAGGCUCUUAUAAGAUUUUUGGAAAAUGUAUCGAAAUGGGAUGAUAUAGAAAUAAAGGAGGACCAGAUCAUUCUUCAUUCUCUUCGUACCGUUGAUACGCUGGAUAAAUUUAUGUCUGACAUGAUCUCAGAUUUGUUCAUUAUAGCUGAUGUUGAACAAGAGUUUAUCAAACAGUCCAUAGAUACAUUGAACACUUUUACAAAAACCAGGCCACAAAUUAUCCUUAGACAUUUACCUCUGUUAUCAUCUUAUAUGCAAUCAUUAGAAUUAUUGCCUGUGGGACAAUUGAGGAAAUACCAUGGAAUAUUGCUAGUCAUUCUUAAAAUGCUGUUAAAUCUUAUUCCAAAGCUAAAUGGUAAAGCAUCAAGCAUCGAACCGAUUUUGAAGUCCAUGAUGACUUUAUUUGAGAUGAUGAAUCGUCGUUAUUGUCCGGAUCUUAUCUGUGCUUUUUCUGAAGUCACUGCUUUAUAUGUGGAAUUGAAUACGUGUGCAGCAAAAAAAUUUUUAUUGAUGCAUGCUGAUAUUAUGAGAUAUUUGGUUAAUGGUGUUGAUUCAGCCAAACAAAUCCUUCAUAUCGUAUCAAGUCGUACUACGGAUAUUUCUUGA